AUGUGCCUUAUCAACAUCAUCCACUUCUCCCACCAUCACGACUUCUCCCCUCCCGUCGAAACACCCAACACUAACUCCUCCUCCUCCUCCUCCUCUACCUCCACUACAUUCAACAACUACCACCUUUCAAACCCUACUAGACUAACCGAACAAGAGGAACUCAUCUCCCUCCAACGCCUACCUCAACACCAAUUCGUCGUCUGCGCAACCCACACCAAUCACCACUGCGUAAUCUACAAGCAGACGAUGCCAUGUCUCUUGCAAAGGUUCCAUUCUUCUUCUUCUUCUGCUGCUGCUGCUGCUGCUGCUAAUACAACUGCUUCCGCGGAAGUCAAUGCCAAUGCUAAUGCUGAUUCAGAGGAAGGCAACGACGGCAUAAACGUAUCAACCUGUCCAAACCUACAACUAACAAACGAAUAUCACACUCUGAAUUUACUUUUUGCUGACAACAACAACUUCAACCUUAACAACAAUGUCAACACUACCACCACCAACAACAACAACAACAACAUCAACAACAAAAAUGGCAAGUCCAUGCCAGGAGGCGACGGCGGCGUCCAACCCUUCCAGACCCUAUCCCAAGCAAAAACCAGCCUCCUAUCCACCGCAGAUGCGAUCCACCAACAAACAAUAAAACUAACCACCCACAUCCUCGAAACCUGUUCACUUUUGGAACCCCUUUUCCAAAAGCUUGCUGCUGUUCCUACCACUCAACCGAUGACGCUCCCCCAACCACACCACCAGCCAGGACAACAACAACAACAACAACAACAACAACAACAACAACAACAACAACAACAACAACAACAACAACAACAACAACAACAACAACAACAACAACAACAACAACAACAAACCCGCGCCCUCUUUAGCGUCUUCAAAGAAUUCGAAAUCCCACUCCAGCGCGCAACCGAGCUAUGUCAGGCAAUCAACCAAGCCGAUGCAAAAAUCCGUGAGUUGUUCAAGAUCUAUCUGCAAAGACGCCAAGAAAUGGCUGAUUUGCUUCCUGUGGCUGUCGAGGACAAGGACAUGGAGGGUACUACUGAUUGUGGCGUGUAUACUAUAAGCAAGGCGAGACGAGAUCUAAGGGAGUUGUUAUCGACGGAAAAUAUAAGAGAGGUGUGUGAGGAACCGAUGAGAAGAGGGAGGGAGGUGGUGCGGGAGGUGGUGAGGGUUUUGGAGGGGGUGGAAGAAGGUAUGCUGCAUAUGGGGGUUUAG